AACCGGGAAACUCAUGCAACGCAAGCUGUAUUUUUUUAUCCGCUUAAAGAGCUCGCAGGAGGAAACAACAUUCACUAAACCGGGCAAAUUAAGUGCUCUCAUAUGCGACUGUUAUUAAAAAAAAAGUGCCAGACAGGGUUGUUCAUAUUCGCCAAAUGAUUUUUGGCAUCUACCGAGGAUUAAUGUGCUACGGGAAGAGCGCAGCAAACUAACCGAAAAAGCAACUGUCCAAUCUGAAAACAUUACCUCGCUGCAAGAAGAGCAUGGAACUAGCCAGGCUGCAGUCUCCUCCCCUGGCUCGCGCUAAUCACACCAGGAUCGCCGUCAUCCACCGUCGGUGCUCUCUUCGCUGAACCAGCAACGAAGAACCAUGCUGUCUGGGACGUGGCGGCGCUCCGCAGGGCACCAGCAACCCGCUGCGGCGCCCGUGGUGAACGGCAGGGGGGUGACGCUGUGCGGCGUCCCAAGCGGCACGGUGGUCCUCGAGGCCCAAUAUGAUUACAACUACCGUGGUGCUGAUGGAAGGCAGGUUUGCAUUCGGGAAGGCGAACGGUUCAUACUCCUUAAGAAGACCAACGCUGACUGGUGGCAGGUGCGCAGGAUAGGGGCCGCAAGUAAAACAAAGCCGCUGUACGUGCCCGCCACAUAUGUGACGGAGGUUCCUGUCGCGCCCAUGCCCUCGCCCUCGCCCCAGCACUUCAUCAUCUCGGCCUCGCUCAACUCCAACGUCCGGAUCUUGCCCCGAGUGGCGCUCACUCCGAGCCCCACGGAGCUUGCCUAUCACGAUCAGCACCAAGCGAGUAAACCCAUCUACCGCUCCAUGGAGAACCUCAGCUCCAAUAGUGCCUUCAGAGGUCUGUACACCGAAGGCAACGUGAGUGGCGUCCGUUUCUCUGGCUUCACGUUCAACUCUUCCCCCUCCCCGUCAGGCCACCUCGCAGCCCCCGGGGAACCCGCCGUCUCGCAAACGGCGUCGUGUAACGCCAGGGUGGUCCCCAUGAUCACUCGCAGCCAGAGCCAGAGCAACCUGACGGACAAUGAGAACCCUUACGACGAAGUGGGCGGAAGCUUCAGCGGCCACGUCAAUUACACGCUCCCGAAGAAGUCCUGCAGCCAGUGGGACAUGGUGGGAUCUUCUGGCAAGAACAACCGCCUGCAGGUCCCGACAGAAUCCUAUCUGUCUCAGCUGUCCUGGCAGGACUCGCCCCUCUACUGUCAACCGCAGGUAGACAGGCGUCCUUCGCAGACGGAGCCCCCCAAUCCGACCCCCGGCCAGCAGCCACUCCAGGUCAUGGACUUGUGGGAGCAGUACAUGGACCUGUCUUCUCUGAGAAGUUAUUACGUCAACAGGAUCACCAAGGAGAGAUCCUGGAAGCCUCCUCGGAGAGCCCGCGGAGGCUCCGAUGCCAACAAGCAGGUCAUUGCAACGCGAACCAAAACGUUACCCAGAGAAGCAAGCCAUCUGACACUUCCGCUUCCUGCAACUGGCAAUGGUACUAUGCACAGGCUCUCACCUGAUUUCCUGUUUGGGAGUCACCAGAGGAACACAGACAGCGGCAGCUGGCGGAUGAAACAGAGCAUGCAGCGCGCCGCCUCCUCCGACACAAUUUGCACGAUGGCGCUCGGAAACACCGGCCCCCCGUGUCAAGACUCUGCCACCCCGCAUGACGCCAAGCAACUCCUUUCACACUCGCAGUCCAUGAUCCUGUCCGAGAACGGCAAGCUGGCCCGGCAGUGCCGAGACUACUCGUGCAACGUGACCAACAUCGUUGUGGAGCCGCCGUCUCCCGAGAGCUCUCCAGACGUCGAUGGCGAUACUCCGGAGUUGGAGAAAGCUGGCCUCUUGAACAAGACCAAGAUUGCAGAAGGAGGUCGGAAACUCAGAAAAAACUGGAGUCCAUCCUGGGUGGUGUUGGUCGGGAACAGCUUGGUUUUCUUCAAAGAUCCAAAAUCACAGACGCCUUCCAGCUGGAAACCAGGAAACAGUCGCCCCGAGAGCAGCGUUGACCUAAGAGGAGCCAAGCUGCACUGGGCCAAUGAGCUCUCCAGCAAGAAGAACGUCUUCAAGCUGAGGACAGUGACGGGCAACGAAUUCCUGCUGCAGUCAGAGACGGACUCUCUGAUCAAGGAGUGGUACCACACCAUCCAGAACGUCAUUCACAGGCUGGACCGUGAAAACCCGCUAGACAACGUGCUGCUGUACUCCCUGAGGAGGGCGGGCAGCGUGGAAAUGCUGGACCACAGCGGCGACGAGGACGACAGGAGAACGUCUCGGUUCUUACAUCCCACCAUCCUCUCCUCCAUCCUCUCCUCCAUCCAACCCGCUUACAUUUUAGCGUGGCCGCCGUGGCAGCUCAUCCCCCCGUCGGCCUCGUCGCACCUCCGGCAUCGCCCGGCCCUCCCGCUUUUCAUCCUCACCACCAUUCCCUCGCAUCUGCUGGGACAUCCCGCACUGACCUCCUCAUCCUCCUUCUUCUACUCCUCUUCUUCCUCCUCUACUUCUUCCUCCCCAUCCUUUCCUCCCCUCACAGUCCCUCGCUCGGCGUCCAAUUUGGAGAACACGGAGAAGAAAAGAGUUAAAACCCGGCUGAAGAAACUCAUUCUGAAGAGGCCUCCUCUUCAGGCCCUGCAGGAGAAGGGGCUUAUUAAAGAUCAGGUGUUCGGCUGUCGUCUGGAGAUGCUGUGCGAGCGGGAGAAGAGCACGGUGCCUCGCUUCGUCAGGCUUUGCGCCGAGACUGUGGAGAAGCGAGGACUGGACACUGACGGCAUCUACAGGGUUUCUGGGAACCUGGCGGUCAUUCAGAAACUACGCUACCUGGUCAACCACGAGCGGGCAGUGACCACUGAUGGCCGUUACAUGUUCCCAGCAGAGUUGGUGCAAGAGGAGAAGCUCAACUUGGACGAGAGUGAGUGGGAGGACAUCCACGUCAUCACGGGAGCUUUGAAACUCUUCUUCCGCGAGCUCCCCGAGCCGCUGGUGCCCUACGGCUUCUUCAGCGACGUGGUGGACACCGUCAAGACGUCGGACUACGCGGACAAAGUGGAGCGUCUGACGAGCGUCGUGCACAGCUUGCCUCAGCCCAACCACGACACGCUGCAGUUCAUCUGCCGCCACCUCAAACGGUGGGCGCGCUCCGUCCUUUUAUCAGCCUCCUCCCGUCCCAUCCUCGCAUUCCCCCUCCACGCCGUCCCGCUCGCCCUGGAGAGGGCCGGUCCCACGGGAGCCUCGCGCGUUUUGGAGCACUCGGACGCCAACCGUAUGACGACCCAGAACAUCGGCAUCGUGUUCGGGCCCACGCUGCUGCGACCCGAGGUCGACAACGGCAACAUGGCGGUGAACAUGGUUUUCCAGAACCAGGCGGUGGAGCUCAUCCUCAACGAGUACGAGCGCAUCUUCGGCAGGAGGGCCGCCGCCGCCGCCUCCUCCUUCUCGUGAUCCUCCCAAGCGGACGGCAUACAAAUGGAUCUUUUUUUUUUUUUUUUCCUCCACAUUCGCAAAGAUAACAAGGGCAAGACAUGUGGCUGCCAUAUAAAAGUUCGAAGCAUUAAAUAGUCAAACAAGCCCCGUUUUUAGCUGCCAUAUUUUUUUUGCCUUUUGACUGCAGAUGUGUGGAGCCCAGCUGUCACUUCUCCCUUGAUAUUCUCGUUGACUGAAGCCAAGCCAAUGAUAAAUCGUCCCCAGGCUCCCCACCCAGCUCCCGGACCACCUUCCUGUUCCUCUCUUGAUGCCACGAAGAGAAGUCGACUUAACAGGACAGAACCUUCCCACUGUGAAACACAUGCGCCCGACACCUCUAUGCAUCGCUGUGGCUCUCCUGUAGUGACGCCGCAACCUCUAACGCGUGACUUUCUACUUCCGACUUGUUCGAAUUGAAUGUUAUUAUUUUUACCCCAUGGCAGCUAAUGUAAUUAAAUUCAUUCGUUAACAGGCACGUGAAACCGUUAAUAAGUGUACAGGCGAUGUUUUAGGUAACAUUUGAACAUUCAAGUCAAGUCAAACACUGUAUUGCAGUUGUUCUCAAACAUUUUACACCUCGAAAAAAUACUUCGCUGUCAAAGUCUCACCACAAUGAUCAAUAUUAGAAUACAGUAGCGGACAAGUAAGCGUUUUUUAUUCUAAGCAAUUGUGAAAAAAAAACCUGCUUGAAUAAUGAUUCCAUUCAAAUGUAUUGCGCAUACAUAAAAUUGGACCUAAAGACUUGUUUAAAAACAAUAAGUCCUAAAUGCAAUUGUAUUAUACUUGAAAUGUAAAUACAACUGCGCUCUUCUGAGCAAAUAUACUAGACUGGAUUCAAAUGUAGUCGAAGCCACUGUAACAUUAUGCACAAUUUGAAGCUUCUUUAAUUCAGUGAGUCUUUUGCGUACCACUAGAGGGAGCCCGCGAACCCUUAGUGGCACACGUACCACACUUUGAGAAUUAUAUUGUAUAACUAACGCUAAAAGAAAAAAAAAUAAUAAAUACUCUCCCUUAGACUGACAAGUCAUACAACUAUAAAGACAAGUUAAACACUGUAAAAUAAAAUUAUAAUAAAGUAAAACUACUCACCCUUUGAAUGACAUGUAAUACAAGUACAACGAGAGGUUCAACACUAAAAUUAAGUCAAAAAUAAAACUAAAAUAAAGUCAAACUACUCAUCAUGUGACUAACUUGUUAUACAAGAACAAAACUAACACUCCAAAAACUUAAGAGUAAAACUACUCACAACUUGCACAAGGUAGCAUUGUGUAAAACUGUAGAGAACUCCCAUUAAUAAAACAAAUUAUAAAGAGCAAAAAAGAAAAAUUUUACAUGUAUUCAUUUUCCAUUCAUCUUAUUGAAUAGAUUUUAAGAUUUCUUGUAAAGAAUAAAUUACAGUAUUAGGAAAAUAAACUAUUUUACACAGCGCUAUAUUUAACAAUUUUGAAUGUAUUAAUCAUAACUAAAUUCAUUAGAAAUAAUACAAAUAAUAUUUUUUUUUUUUUUUAAUUUUUUUUUCUUUUUUUCCCUUUUUUAAACCUGAUCUACAAAUGACCUGGCCCAUUAGUCCAAAAUCAAAUGUGACCCUUGGGCAAAAAAACAAAACAAAACAAAAAAACUUUUUUUUUUUUUUUUUUCCACUGGUUUUGAUGCUUGGAGAUUCCACUAUUCAUGUAGAAGCAGCCAACCAAAGGUGGGGUGGGGCGGGGCGGGGCGGGGCAUUGUCCGCGCGACCAUUCACACAACACAAUGUUCACUCCAUGUGCCAACAGGGCCGCCAUGUUCCCUUUUGUGGAUAGCAAUCGUGCGUCUGGACCUCGGGAGCUUCUCCUUCCUUGUACACUGUUCAGACAGACCUUCUGUUUUUAUGCCUGGGAUGCACAUGUACAUAUGUUCAAAGGUUUAGCAUUUGUCCACAACAGUAGUAGUAGUUGUAGCCCUUUAAUGUUCACUUAAAUCCAUUUUGACCUGUGUUGUGAAACCACAUGGACCUGUUUGGCAGCGUCCUAAUAAAAGGAAUACAUUUUUGUCCAA